GAGGGCCCAGCGGCUCUCAUGAUUGCGUGCUGACGCACUAGGUCGUGCUGACGCGCAACGCUGCCCAGGCGGGGUGCGAGUGGCGCAGUCGAAGCCCGCUGCGGCCCCUGAGGAAGCGAGGAGGCGGCGGCGGCGGCGGCUGAGGCGGGCGGACCGACGAGGCGGCGGCUUCAGGCUCCGAGGGAUACGAAAACUUAAGCAGCAGCUGCGGCGGGACCUCCCUGUUUGACAGUCGGCGGCCGGAGGCGGCGGCGGCGGGAGCGGUGGUGCCCCCUGGGCACAGGGCCAUGUACAACGGGAUCGGGCUGCCGACGCCCCGGGGCAGCGGCACCAACGGCUACGUUCAGCGAAACCUGUCCCUGGUGCGGGGCCGCCGUGGUGAGCGGCCUGACUACAAGGGAGAGGAGGAACUGCGGCACCUGGAGGCUGCCCUGGUGAAGCGACCUAAUCCUGACAUCCUGGACCACGAGCGCAAGCGGCGCGUGGAGCUGCGAUGCCUCGAGCUGGAGGAAAUGAUGGAAGAGCAGGGGUACGAAGAACAGCAAAUUCAGGAAAAAGUGGCGACCUUUCGACUCAUGUUGCUGGAAAAGGAUGUGAACCCUGGGGCCAAGGAAGAAACCCCAGGGCAGAGACCAGUGGUAACUGAGACCCAUCAGUUGGCAGAACUGAAUGAGAAGAAGAAUGAACGACUCCGUGCUGCCUUUGGCAUCAGUGACUCCUAUGUGGAUGGCAGUUCUUUUGAUCCUCAGAGACGUGCUCGAGAAGCUAAACAAAUAGCUCCUGAGCCUCCCAAACCAUACAGCCUUGUUCGAGAGACCAGCAGUUCUCGCUCACCAACUCCAAAGCAAAAGAAGAAGAAAAAGAAGAAAGAUAGAGGACGCAGGUCAGAGAGCAGUUCUCCUCGACGAGAGAGGAAGAAGAGUUCAAAGAAGAAGAAGCACAGGUCAGAAUCUGAGUCCAAGAAACGGAAACACAGGUCUCCUACUCCAAAGAGCAAACGCAAAUCAAAGGACAAGAAGAGGAAACGGUCUCGAAGUACAACACCAGCUCCUAAGAGCCGUCGAGCUCAUCGGUCAACUUCUGCGGACUCUGCUUCUUCCUCUGAUACUUCUCGUAGUCGGUCUCGAAGUGCUGCUGCUAAAAUUCAUACAACAGCCUUGACUGGGCAAAGUCCUCCCCUUGCUUCAGGGCAUCAAGGGGAGGGAGAUGCACCUUCUGUUGAACCAGGUGCCACCAACAUACAACAACCUAGUAGCCCAGCUCCCUCUACAAAGCAAUCUAGCAGUCCUUAUGAAGACAAAGAUAAGAAAGAGAAAUCUGCAGUUCGACCUAGCCCCUCUCCGGAAAGGAGCAGCACAGGGCCAGAACUACCUGCCCCUACUCCGCUCCUUGUUGAGCAACAUGUCGACUCCCCACGACCCCUUGCAGCAAUCCCGUCCAGUCAGGAGCCAGUUAACCCCUCAUCUGAGGCUUCCCCAACCCGGGGCUGUUCACCACCUAAGUCUCCUGAGAAACCUCCCCAGUCUACUUCCUCAGAAAGUUGCCCACCAUCCCCUCAACCUACCAAAGGUUCUCGGCAUGCCAGCUCUUCUCCUGAAAGUCUUAAACCCACACCAGCUCCUGGGUCCCGUCGAGAGAUUUCUUCUUCACCCACAUCUAAGAAUCGCUCGCAUGGCAGAGCAAAGCGGGAUAAAUCUCAUUCUCAUACCCCAUCUCAUAGAGCAGGGAGGUCUCGUAGUCCUGCCACUAAGAGGGGACGGUCUCGAUCUAGAACCCCCACCAAGAGAGGUCACUCCAGGUCCCGGUCCCCUCAGUGGAGAAGGUCAAGAUCUGCACAGAGGUGGGGAAAAUCUAGAAGUCCCCAGAGGCGUGGCCGUUCAAGGUCUCCUCAGAGGCCAGGUUGGUCCAGGAGCAGAAAUACCCAGAGAAGAGGCAGGUCUAGGUCAGCAAGGCGAGGCAGAUCACAUUCUAGAUCUCCAGCUACUAGGGGCAGAUCCCGAUCUAGAACACCAGCUAGAAGGGGUAGGUCUCGGUCCAGAACACCUGCCAGGCGAAGAUCACGAUCCAGAACACCUGCCAGGCGUAGGUCUCGGUCUAGAACACCAGCUCGCAGGGGCAGGUCCAGAUCAAGAACACCCGCUCGCCGCAGGUCUAGGACACGAUCACCAGUUCGAAGGAGGUCUCGGAGUAGAUCCCAAGCUAGGAGAAGUGGUAGGUCUAGGUCCAGAACACCAGCCAGGAGAAGUGGCAGGUCAAGAUCUAGAACACCAGCCAGGAGAGGGAGGUCCCGGUCUAGAACGCCAGCCAGAAGAAGCGCUCGAUCUCGGUCUAGAACGCCAGCCAGGAGAGGGAGGUCACGAUCCAGAACACCAGCACGACGACGAUCUCGAAGUAGAAGUCUUGUGAGACGUGGAAGAUCUCACUCUAGAACACCACAAAGAAGAGGACGAUCUGGCUCAUCCUCAGAGAGGAAGAACAAAUCUAGAACAUCUCAGAGGAGAAGCAGAUCCAACUCAAGCCCAGAAAUGAAAAAAUCUCACGUUUCCUCAAGACGGAGCAGGUCUCUUUCUUCACCACGAUCCAAAGCAAAAUCUUUGAGGCGAAGCCUUUCAGGUUCCUCUCCAUGUCCUAAACAAAAGUCACAGACACCAACCAGGCGAAGUCGUUCUGGUUCUUCACCACCUAAACAAAAGUCAAAAACACCACCAAGACAGAGUCGUUCAAAUUCUCCUCAGCCUAAAGUAAAAUCUGGAACACCACCAAGACCAGGGUCUGUAACAAACAUGCAGGCUGAUGAAUGCACUGCAACACCACAGAGACAGAGCCAUUCUGAAUCAUCACCUGAUGGUGAGGUGAAAUCAAGGACCCCAUCAAGACAAAGCUGCUCUGGGUCUUCUCCUCGAGUGAAAUCUAGCACACCUCCAAGACAGAGCCCAUCUAGGUCGUCAUCUCCACAACCCAAAGUGAAGACAGUGAUAUCACCAAGAGGAAGAAGCCAUUCUAGCUCCUCUUCUCCAAGUCCUAGUAGAGUGACAUCUAGGACACCUCAGAGGAAAAGCAGAUCAAUAUCUCCUUGCCCCAAGGUAGACUCUAGAUUAAGACAUAGCCGUUCUAGAUCCUCCUCACCAGAUUCCAAGAUGGAACUGGGAACACCACUGAGACACUCAGGAUCUACAUCUCCAUAUCUAAAAAGCAUGCUCCAGACUCCACCAGAUCAAAAUCUUUCUGGAUCAAAGUCACCCUGUCCCCAGAAGUCUAGGGAUUCACCAACAGGAAGCUCUGGAUCUUUUCACCUCUGUCCAGGUGUAACACCUAGUAGUAUAGUACCAGGAGAGAGCUGUUUUAGCGCCUCAUUUGUGCAACAAAAAGGACACACUCAAACUUGGCCAGAUACUUCAAGUCCAGAAGUCAUGCAGACUCAAGUGGAAUCUCCAUUGCUGCAGAGCAAAUCCCAAACAUCUCCUAAGGGUAGCCUUUCCAGAUCUUCAUCUCCAGUCACUGAGCUGACAGCCAGAUCACCAGUAAAACAAGAUAAAAGUGAAAUAUCAACAGAUCCAAAGCUGAAGUCAGGAAUGUCUCCUGAGCAGAGUAAGACUAAACCUGACUCUAGCAUAUAUCCUUUAGUAGACUCUAAAUCUUUUCUGGUGCAGAGCAGAUUGGAGCCUUCUGAAUUAAAAGAGAGACUGGGUUUAAUUCAAGAGGAUGUUGCAUCAUCUUGUAUACCAAGAGACAAAUUUAGUCCUACACAGGAUAGGCCUGAGUCUUCCACAGUACUGAAAGUCACACCUAGAGUACUAUUAAAAGAAAGAAGUGGAGCUGGCUCACCUCCAGGCAAAAGAGACCAAAAAAGUUUAUUACCUAAUUCAAGUCAAGAUGAACUAAUGGAAGUAGAAAAGUCUGAGCAACCUUUAAGCCAAGUUCUACCCAGUUUAUCUCCAGAACAUAAAGAAAUGCCUGGAAGUAACAUUGAGUCAUCUCCUGAAGUAGAAGAAAGGCCUGCUGUAUUGUCUGCUCUUGACCAAAGCCAGUCACAGCCUUCAAAAGCAGCAGAAACCCCUGCAGUGGCUUCAUGUUGGAGUGGGCCACAAGUUUCUCCAGAGCAUAAAGAACUAUCUCAUUCUCCCCCAAGGGAGAAUAGCUUUGAGUCAUCUUUAGAGUUUAAAAACUCAGGCCCUGUUUCAGAAGUAAAUACUGGCUUUUCUCCUGAGGUUAAAGAAGAAUUGAAUGGAUCAUUCCUUAAUCAAACAGAGGCAGAUCCAUCUGUGGACAUGAAAGAACAGUCAAGGUCUUCCAGGCGAAGCAGUUCUGAGUUAUCCCCAGAAGUAGUGGAAAAGGUAGGAUUAUUUUCAAGUCAGAAAGUAUCUUCGCCUGUACUUGAGACUGUACAACAAAGAACACCUUCAAGAGAAAGAAGUAGUUCUGCAUCUCCUGAACUGAAAGAUGGUUUGCCUAGAACGCCAUCUAGGAGAAGCCGGUCUGGGUCUUCUCCAGGACUUAGAGAUGGGUCUGGGACUCCUUCUAGGCAUAGCCUAUCUGGGUCCUCUCCUGGGAUGAAAGAUACACCUCAAACCCCCUCCAGGGGACGAAGUGAAUGUGACUCUUCUCCAGAACCAAAAGCAUUGCCUCAGACUCCUAGAGCCCGAAGUCAUUCUCCAUCAUCCCCAGAGCGCAACAACAAGAGUGUCACCCCUCAGAGAGAAAGAAGUGGGUCAGAAUCAUCAGUAGAACAGAAAAAUCUGGCUAGGACCUCUCCGGGACAAAGAAGUCGAUCUGGGUCUUCCCAAGAGCUUGAUGGAAAGCCCAGCGCGUCCCCACAGGAAAGAAGUGAGUCAGACUCUUCUCCAGAUUCCAAACCCAAGACUCGGACUCCUCUCAGACAGAGGAGUCACUCUGGAUCAUCUCCAGAGGUUGACAGCAAAUCUCGACACUCACCCAGGCUCAGUAGGUCUGGCUCAUCUCCGGAAAUGAAAGAUAAGCCAAGAGUGCUACAGAGGGCUCAGAGUGGUACUGAUUCUUCUCCUGAACACAAGAUACCUGCUCCUCGGGCCCUGCCCAGGCAUAGUAGAUCAGGUUCAUCAAGCAAAGAGAGAGGUCCUUCCCCUGAAGGAAGCAGUAGUUCUGAGUCUUCUCCAGAACACGCCCCCAAAUCCAGAACUGCUCGAAGAGGUUCCAGGUCCUCAAUAGAGCCAAAGACAAAGUCUCACACACCACCUCGACGCCGGAGCUCUCGAUCAUCUCCUGAGCUAACCAGGAAGGCUAGAGUCUCUCGUAGAAGCCGGUCUGCCUCCUCAUCACCAGAAAUCCGCUCCAGAACUCCACCAAGACGCAGAAGAAGUCCUUCAGUAUCUUCACCAGAGCCAACUGAAAAGUCAAGGUCUUCACGGAGGAGGCGCUCAGUUUCUUCUCCCCGUACCAAGACAACUUCGAGGAGAGGACGGUCUCCUUCACCCAAACCUCGUGGACUCCAAAGAUCCCGAUCCCGCUCACGGAGAGAGAAAACCAGAACAACCCGACGCAGAGAUAGAUCUGGAUCAUCUCAGUCAACAUCUCGAAGAAGACAGAGGAGCCGGUCUAGAUCACGAGUUACUCGGAGACGGAGGGGUGGCUCUGGUUACCAUUCAAGAUCACCUACCAGACAGGAGAGUUCUCGAACCUCCUCUAGACGCAGAAGAGGCCGCUCCCGGACACCCUUGACCAGUCGGAAGCGAUCUCGAUCAAGAACAUCACCAGCUCCUUGGAAGCGCUCUAGAUCUCGAGCCUCACCAGCUACUCAUCGGCGGUCCAGGUCCAGAACACCACUGAUAAGCCGACGUAGGUCCAGAUCUCGGACCUCACCUGUGAGUAGGAGACGGUCAAGGUCAGUGAAUAGGCGUAGAUCUCGAUCAAGAGCAUCCCCAGUGAGUCGAAGGCGAUCCAGGUCCAGAACACCACCAGUAACUCGUCGUCGUUCAAGAUCCAGAACACCAACUCGCCGUCGUUCUCGUUCUAGGACUCCUCCAGUGACUCGCAGAAGGUCCAGAUCCAGGACUCCACCAGUAACCAGGAGGCGAUCUAGAAGCAGAACUUCACCUGUUACUAGAAGAAGAUCAAGAUCCAGGACAUCCCCAGUCACCCGGAGAAGAUCGAGAUCUCGAACAUCUCCAGUCACCCGGAGGCGGUCCCGUUCCCGAACCUCUCCAGUGACAAGACGACGCUCCAGGUCUCGAACUCCGCCAGCAAUUCGAAGACGAUCUAGGUCUCGGACACCACUGUUGCCACGCAAGCGCUCUCGAAGCCGCUCACCACUUGCUAUCCGCCGCCGUUCUAGGUCUCGUACUCCUAGGGCAGCUCGAGGCAAGCGGUCCUUAACAAGAUCUCCUCCAGCCAUUCGUAGGCGGUCUGCAUCUGGAAGUAGUUCUGAUCGUUCACGUUCUGCCACUCCUCCAGCAACAAGGAAUCAUUCUGGAUCUCGGACACCUCCUGUAGCACUCAGUAGCUCUAGAAUGAGUUGCUUUAGCCGUCCUAGCAUGUCACCAACUCCUCUUGACCGAUGUAGAUCACCUGGAAUGCUUGAACCCCUUGGAAGCGCUAGAACGCCCAUGUCUGUGCUACAGCAAACAGGUGGCUCCAUGAUGGAUGGUCCAGGUCCUCGGAUUCCUGAUCACCCAAGAUCAUCUGUUCCAGAAAACCAUGCUCAGUCUAGAAUUGCACUUGCCUUGACAGCCAUCAGUCUUGGUACUGCCCGGCCACCUCCAUCCAUGUCUGCUGCUGGCCUUGCUGCAAGAAUGUCCCAGGUUCCAGCACCUGUACCUCUCAUGAGCCUUAGAACAGCCCCAGCUGCUAACCUUGCCAGCAGGAUUCCAGCAGCAUCUGCAGCAGCUAUGAACCUUGCUAGUGCCAGGACAUCUGCUAUUCCGGCAUCUGUGAACCUUGCUGACUCAAGAACACCAGCUGCUGCUGCAGCUAUGAACUUAGCCAGCCCUAGAACAGCAGUGGCUCCUUCAGCUGUGAACCUUGCAGAUCCUCGAACCCCUGCAGCUUCAGCUGUGAACCUAGCAGGAGCUAGAACACCAGCUGCAUUAGCAGCUUUGAGUCUCACAGGCUCUGGGACACCUCCAACUGCUGCAAAUUACCCCUCCAGUUCCAGAACACCCCAGGCUCCAACCCCCGCAAACCUGGUGGUGGGUCCUCGAUCUGCGCAUGGCACAGCUCCUGUGAAUAUUGCUGGCUCUAGAACCCCUGCAGGCUUGGCUCCCACAAAUCUCUCCAGUUCCAGGAUGGCUCCAGCAUUGUCUGGUGCAAACCUCACCAGUCCCAGGGUGCCCCUUUCUGCUUAUGAUCGUGUUAGUGGCAGAACCUCACCUUUAAUGCUUGAUCGAGCCAGGUCCAGAACACCACCAUCUGCCCCAAGCCAGUCUAGAAUGACCUCUGAGCGUGAGCGGGCUCCUUCCCCUGCUUCAAGAAUGGUUCAGGCUUCUUCGCAAUCUCUUCUCCCUCCUGCACAGGAUCGGCCUCGGUCCCCUGUGCCAUCUGCUUUUUCAGACCAAUCUCGUUCAGUUGUCCAGACCACUCCUGUAGCAGGGUCUCAGUCCCUUUCAUCCGGGACAGUAGCGAAGUCCACAUCCUCUGCUAGUGACCACAAUGGCAUGCUUUCUGGCCCUGCCCCUGGGAUAUCCCAUGCUGAAGGUGGGGAGCCACCUGCCUCUACUGGGGCCCAGCAGCCUUCUACAUUGGCUGCUCUGCAACCAGCUAAGGAACGUCGGAGCUCUUCCUCCUCUUCAUCAUCAUCUAGCUCCUCCUCCUCUUCAUCAUCUUCAUCGUCAUCCUCCUCUUCCUCUGGCUCCAGUUCUAGUGAUUCAGAGGGUUCCAGCCUUCCAGCUCAACCUGAGGUGGCACUGAAAAGAGGACAGAACUAGAGGAAAUGGACUUAAUUUUACAGCAGGAGGGAUGGCAGUUAGACCUCAAGAGGAACUCCCUGGGCUGGAAGGAUCUUCAGAGGUCAUCCCAUCCCUCUCCCUGCCUCCAGGCAGGACGGCCCCUCCCCAGCCAACCUGCACUCACAGGGGCCUCCCCAAGCUGCGGCUCUCCAAGGAAGGAGAUCACCCAGCUUCAGCUUCCACAUCUGAGUCCAGGGGCCUUAAUCCUUCAUCAGGGACAUUCUUGAGGUUUAACCUUGAUCCCUUGUGCUUCGGGCCCCAGCCUGUUGCUUGUGUUAGCAGAGGUUUGGUCAGCUCUGUGCCACUGCUCCAGAGAAGUACUACUCACUGGCCUGCCUUCGUGUUUUCCCAGGGCUUUUCUCAGGCACCCCUCCCCCACUGCCGUUCCUCCAGGCCAAGGAAGGUAGGGUUGGGGUUGGGGCAUCUUGUCUCCUUGUGACACCUUUCUUCUCUCACAGGGUUCCCAGCCCCACCCCAGUCCCAAAGGAGGCUAUUAGAGAGGGACGUCCUCAGGAACCAACCCCGGCCAAAAGGAAGAGGCGCUCUAGCAGCUCCAGUUCCAGCUCCUCCUCCUCCUCCUCUUCCUCUUCUUCCUCUUCCUCCUCCUCCUCAUCUUCCUCCUCCUCUUCUUCCUCUUCUUCCUCCUCUUCUUCCUCCUCUUCCUCCUCCCCCUCCCCUGCUAAGCCUGGCCCUCAGGCAUUACCCAAACCUGCAAGCCCCAAGAAGCCACCCCCUGGCGAGAGGAGGUGAGUGCUUUCUUGCCUGUUGUGGAAGGGGGGUUGGGGUGAGUUCUCCAGAAAGGGGACCCUGGGUGAGGUUCCUGCUGGGGUGCCUCGUGUGGACGUCUGUGACUGGUUGUACGGGAGAAGGAGUGCCGGACUCCUCCCAUCCUCCCACAGUGUUGUAUUCUGGUCAAGGGCUGCACUAUCUAACUGAGGUGUCCCAGGCCAUAUCUGGGAAGUCAUAGGAUUCUUCCUCCCUCUCCCCUCCCCUGACAAGCAGCCUGGUCUCAGAGAUCUAGCUCUAAGUCUCCCCAUUGCUGCUGCAGGGCUCUGGUCUGGCCACCGUCAUCUUCUCCCGACUCUGUCCACAGCCUCCUCCCUGUCUCCCUGCCUCCACGCCAUUCUCUUCCACACGUAGCCAGAGGGAUCUUUCUAAAACGCACAUCUGGUUACUUCCCUUCACUCCACAAAUCCUUCCGGAACGCCCUGUGGCCUGCAGGAUAAAGUGCCACCUCUGCGGGAAUGGCGUGUGAGGCUCUUCACCAGCUGCCCUUGCCCGCCCUGUGCUCCUCCUGCCCGCCCCCACACAUGCCCCGUGCUCCGGCCAUACCCAGCGCCUUGCAGUCUAAGGAGAGCCCCAUGCCUUUGGACAUGCUGUUCCUUCUGCCUGGGAUUUCCUUGUCUGCCUGGUGAACUCGUUCUGCAAGACUGCAUUCAAACAGCACCUCCGAGAAGACUGCCCUGCCAUUUCCCUGUCCUGCCCAGGUCCCCAUCCUUUCUCUGGAUCCCCAGGCCCAUGCAUAUCCAUCCUGCUGGGCUGUUUCCUAUGUAGGGGGCGUGUGUGCCUUCAUUGUUAACCUUUACUACCAAACAAAAUUCUUCCAAGGGCAGGGACUCUUUUAUCUUUGCAUCCCCCGCUGCACCCUGUGCCCUGUCCACUGGGGUACUCGGUGGAUGGUGUGCGGGCGGAUGGGUGAGUGCGGACAAAGGUGGGUCUGAGGCUGGCCCUGUGUGGUGUGAGGUUUGGUGGUCAGGACCUGGGUGGGUGGUCCUGAAUGCUUGGCUGGUGGGUUUGGGAGGAUGUGGAGCUAUAGAGGCCUACUCUGCUUCCUAGGUCUCGAAGUCCUCGGAAGCCAAUAGACUCCCUUCGGGAUUCCCGAUCCCUCAGUUACUCACCCGUUGAGCGUCGACAGCCCUCGCCCCAACCUUCACCAAGGGAUCUACAGAGCAGUGAGCGAGUUUCCUGGAGAGGCCAGCGAGGGGACAGUCACUCUCCUGGUCACAAGAGGAAGGAGACACCUAGUCCCCGUUCUAAUCGUCACCGCUCCUCCAGGUCUCCAUAAUCUGGAUUCCACUACACCUCAUACUCUGGAGACAUGAGUAUUCCUCAUUUUUCCCAGAAGAAUCAUGGAAGGAGUCUUUGUAUGCCUUCCCUUGAACCUUGGCAGCAUCUUGAGGGGAGAGCGUCCUCUCCCACCCACCCUUUUUUUUUUUUUUUUUUUUUUUGGUUCCUGUGAAAUGUUGAUCUCUGUGAGUUUUUCCUGGUUCUUGUGUUUUGGGGGUUGGAGUGGGAGGGAGGGAGUCUAGGGAGGGAGGGGCACAGCUCAGGACAUCUAGGCCUCAGAUUGUGAUGAUCCAGGGAGUUAGCUCCCUAAAUUCUUGGGUGACUGAUGGUUUAACUUGGUAAGUUGUAAUCUUUCCUGAAAGAGGAAGGAGCUGAAGUUGGUUGGCCCUGCUGCACCCCCUUACAAGGUUGUGAGGCCCUCUCCCCCCCAACUUUGUUUAAGGCAUUUUGGUUUUUUAAAAUCUGUACAGUAAAAGCAACUUUUUCUGUCAAAUAAAAAUGAGAAAUGCAGUAA